CAAAAAAAAGAAAAAAGCAGCGUCACAGCGGUAAGCGCUGGGACAGCUGCAGGUUGACAGAAGUGAAAGUGGCAGAGAAUAAGAGCGAGCGGAAAGUCUAACCGAAGAGAAACCCGCGAAGGUUACGCACGCGCCCUUUCCGUGCGUAAAGCAGAUCGAUAGUCAGGUUUAUAAACGCACAGUCGCAGUGUUUCCUGCUUUCAAACGCUCACUCGAGUCGCGCCUUGGACACACGGUGACGGGAUCGACGCGCGAGCCGAACGCGACGGACGCAGACAUGGAGAAUGGGAAGAGCCGCCUGGAGCAAACCCAAGACGAGGUGGAGGAGGUGAAGGUGAUCAUGAUGAACAACCUAGAGAAGGUUGAUGAGAGAUCCGACAAACUAAUGGAUCUGGAGAACAGGGCUGAUCAGCUGCUGGAAACGAGUAAACAUUUUGAAAAAACCACAAUCCAGGUGAAGAAUAAGCAAAGAUGGGAGAAUAAGAAGAUGAAAGUGAUUUUUAUUAUCGUCGGCGUCGUAGCUGCAGUCCUCGUUAUUGGAGUUAUCAUCUAUUUCUCAUUGUCAUCAUCAGAGUAGCUGCUUUGCUUGUAAAAAGAUAUAAUGAUAUAAUACACAUAUAUGUUGGGACUGUGAAGUGGCUGAAAAAAGACCAGCAAAAGAGGAGUCCAUGCUGUAGGUCUAACUGUGAUGUGGUUGAGGUAUUUAUGGGGCAAUACUCUUUAUUAGUGUAAGUAUUCAGUUCAUAUGGUACCGUUUCCUCAGCUGCUUCUUCUCUUAUUCAUUCACUUUCAGUAGCUUUUGUCUCUGUUUGGACACUAAUGAAUGCCUACGUGGUCUAUAAAGGAAAAUUACUUCGAUUUUUUUUAACGUUCAUGUUUGUAUACUGCUACUGUUGAACUGUUUGCUUGUACAUGUUGUGAUUCACAAGUGAGUGAGUGCCACUUAAGGAGAGCUGCCAUCAGUGGUCGACGCAGUCAUGUAUCACUGCACAUUUGCACACUGAAAAUGCGACACAUUCAAAUGUGUUUGGGGACGAGUAAAUCGUUUUGUUUAAUCUACAUACUAAGUUUCGCUAUCCUAAUUCAUUGGUGUUUUAACAAUACUUAAACUUUUUCGUAAUUUAUUAGUUUGUAUGGCUCCUAAUUAUAUCACGAUCCUUAGCAGAGCAGAUAAGUUGGUCAUGUUUCUUCAGCCUGUAGCCAUUGAUUGCCAUUCAGGUAUGUUAUAAAUGGUCCUUUAAAUACAUGGGAAAUAUUUUGUUCUGGAAUUGUAAGUAGAAAACAAUUUUUCUGCGCAAUGGUUUACUCUGCAGUUUCAGUGUUGUAUAUUAUGACCUCUGGUGGCCAGUGUUUGUACUUCAGGUAAAUAUGUAUUUAAAAGCAUAGAAUGCAAUGUAUGCUGCUUUGAAACUACUCUGUUCUGUCCAACCAUUUAAUAUGAAAUUAAACUAUUUAUUAAGCAGGGACAAAUAUUGGUUAUUAACAUAAGAUGUGAGGUCCUCACAUCUAUACAUUGUUUAGGAAUUUUGCAGGUUGCUAGCAAUCUUUAGACAAUAUAAGCAUCAUCAGAGGAGUCAAUUGUAGUUAAUGAAUGUAUCAAUGCUGUACAGUGCCAUUUAAUAAAGGAACUUUGAGAAGGAUAAGUUCCAGUGUGGAACACAG